UAUAUUACAGCGAAAGCUGUGCAUGACUAACCUUCCUUAGUUAUGCCGCGUCCGGCAACAGAAAUGUGGGCCGAUCCUGGUGAUAGUGCGGAAAGGGUCCAAGCUCAAUGGCACACACCCCUGUGGGAUUGGGAACCUGUAACGCGCCCUUGAACUAUUUUCUUGUCACACGUGGGAUCCAGAGAGGUCACAGGCUGUCGGAUUUUGGAGGACGAUCCCACCGCUGGCAUACAGUUGUAGGAGUUGUCGGACGAUCUCGCCGCUGCCACCAGUAAUAAGAGUUGUAGCUCGUAGGAAGGAACUUCGGUGGACAGGACUAGACGAGCAGGACUUAUUUACAGAUAUUUACAUUAGAACAAGAGAUACAUUCGACAGUCUAGCGUGAUUCCCAAAUGGAGCACGCAAGACGAAGCAUACAGCAUACGAGCACUGUUAGGAAUGGCCUGCCGAGAUGCGGGCCUCGAAGUUUUCUCAGCCAGCUGCAGCUGCGAGCGUUGCGAGCUUUCCCGAAGAGAACCAUGGAAGCUUAUCACAAUCGCUGCGGUGUCUCAUUUCGUAGGGACCUCGAGGAGGUGCCACUUCAACACCCCCUCGGCGCCGUUGUGACCAAACGCGAUCGGCGGACCAACUAUUGUUACGGAACACGCCACCGCACACCUGGUCUGCCGUUAGCGGGGGAGUUCUCGACGGGAGGUAAUUGGCGGAACCUGCCCAUGCGCUUUUCAAGACUCAAGAUAAUGGAGAACCGACGGGUCGACUGCGUUGACUUUGGACGCUGCGAAUCGGCGGUGAAGUGCCGUUUUCCCCUCACCUAGAGAUCUAGGGAACACGGAGUGUUUAUAAGCAGCUGUUUAUCGGCUGCUAGGUGUGCUCGUCAGCGUGCUCGUAAGCUGUGUGCUGUAUGCUCGUUUUGCGUGCUCCAUUUGGGAGCCAAGCUAGACUGGCGAAUGUCUCUUGUUUAAAAUGUAAAUACCCUAAACAAACCCUGUACGCCUAGUUUUGUCCUCCCAAGUUCCUCCCUACGACCUACAACCGCUUCACCUGGUGGCAGCGGCGAGAUCGUCCGACGACUCCUACAGCGCACAGCUCACAAGCACGAUGACGAGCACACUGACGAGCACACCCUAGCAGCCGAUAAACAGCUGCUUAUAAACACUCCAUGCUCCCUAGAUCUCUAGGUGAGGGAAGCGUUCGACCAGCAUCGUAGCCGAGCCGCCUUUGAGCGGGAGGGCUUACACACACACGUACGCACUGGUUUCACUGCCCCCACCGAGGUGAGACGGGCUUCGCAGAACUCGGGGCUUACGCCUUGAAAGGAGCUUGGGGGGGGUGCCGCCAAUUACCUUCCCUCGGGAACUCCCCUGCUCACGGCAGACCAUAUCGGCGGUGGCGGGUUCAGUAACAAAGCCUGGUUCGUCGAACUCCUCUCGGCUUGUCCGCGACGGAGAAUCGCUGACGCGUCCUCCGCAAACCGUAGACUGAGUCACGCCAUUCGGCUAGAGGAUGACGGUGGCUUCCCAAAAAACGCCAGCCCUGCUGCUGCAGCUGGCUGAGAAACCUUACCUCGGCAGGCCAUUCCUAACAAGUUACACGGGUAAGAACAGAUGUUUUUCUUUUUUCAAAAAAAUGUUUCGUACAAAUUUUCGAAACUAAGUCGGAAAGGACUUGAAAAUUCUCGGCACCAACCGCGCGAACUCACUAUUGCCACUGCUCGCGCUUUCGUCGUCGUCGUCGUCGACGCCUUCCACAGGCAGCUGGCUCCGUUGCCGAUCACCGUCCCAGCGUGGAAUUCACUUUUGUUCUGUCGUCGUAAUCGUGAGGCCGUCCCUACGGGGGUAUGAGCCAUCGAUUAAAGGUGUGUGAGCCAUUCAUUGUCUUGCGUGAUGGAUACAUUUAAUAACGGAGCUAGGUGAUACGCCAGUGUGUGUGCGUACCUAUAUCGCCACGAUGACCAGAUAUUAGGACUAUAAAAAAAUGCACAACCGUUCCACUCUGUGAAGAUGGAGUGGCAGCAAAAGCGUUUGGCUUUUCGUUUGAGAGCUUUCACUGUCGAUCGUCAGCUUUCGCUGCCAUUCCAUUUUCACAGAGUGGAAUGGUUUUCUUGUCUUUAUUUUUGUUUGUUAUAUGAGUUCUCUUGUGUAGUUGACUAUGGUGAGUGCAAGAAAACAACCGGUAAAUUAUUGAGGGGAAACGCGUCACAUGAAAGAAAGAAGUAGGGCCGAAAAUAUAUAUAUAGCGUUCUCACUCUCUUCAUUUUCGCGUUCCUGAGACCUUUCUGCACCGAUCUGCAACUUUUGGUUUCAAAAAUACGCCUAUUUUAUGAAUUAUAAGAUAAAAAAACAGCGAAUGCACACACAUGCACCUUAAACUUGAAGUACGCGGACCCUUAAAUUGAACUUUAAACUCGCCCUAUUUCAACCACCCGCAGCGCGUAAACUACGCGCUCCACCGCAGCCAUAUUGGUCUUGUCUGAAAGCUCGUCUUUCCAUCGUUUCAUUGUUUUUUUUUUUUUUGGUAAGCAGCCAUGCUCACCACGCGAAAGCGAAAAAACACGGAGGAAGGAAAAAUGAAACUCGGCGCCCUUCCACUCUGUGGAGAAGGAUGACCAGCGAAGCUGUGUAUGCGGGCCCCUUAAUGCCGGUCUGCACUUUCGCCGUGGGUCGGCCCGGCAUUUCACUAUCUUCGGUGUCCGCCCACGUAUGGGGAGGUACCACGUACGCAUGCCUUGGGACCCUUCAGAUGCAAUUUACUCGUAAACUUAAGUCUUUUUAGAGCGCAGCUCUUUGGCGUCCGUUCCUGGGUUUCGCGUCGUCGUCGGCGUUGUCGUCGGCCUCGUAACCAGCUCCGCCCCCCUUUCAUCCCCCAAGCGCUAGCAGCGACCGACUGAUACUGCUGGAUGCCGCUGACGCCGCUAGAGAGUCAAGAUAACGUGACUGCAUAGAACACCGUCGCCGCCAUGCAGAAAGAGGAAGAAAGGGUCCCCCCCCCCUGUUCUUGUGUGGCGGAUAGGGUGCUCUUCAGUUGCCGACGCGCCGGUUAUUUCACGUAGGCCCCGGCACGUCGACGAACACGUGACCACCUUCCCACGGCUAGACCUGGUUCUUAGCGCUGCGGAAGCGAGGGUAUCAUAUUGUUUGUGUCGGCAUCGGCGGCGUUGUCCCUGAAACCAACUCCGCAGCUGGGGUUGACUCACUAUCGGCGUCAGCGGCAUCAGUCAGUCGCUGCUAUCUCUUCCCUCCUCCCUUUAUCGUGUUGUCCGCUUGCUGCGCGCGCUUCUGCCCCCAUCGUUUGCCGCUGGGUGUACACGCCGCCCCCCUCCCCCCUCUUCCUGCGAGUCUCCGGUUGUCAAAGCGCCGGUUCGAACUUAAUUCCUUUCUUCGCUCCUCCUCCAAUGCAACCCCUGUGCGGUGGCAAUCAGAGAGCCAGAUCGGUGGCGGCGGAUCUGUAUAUGUGCACCGCCCGAGCCGAAAUUGCCGCUGCCGUUCGCCACUGCGAAAUUAUCUGCCAGUUCUUUCUGAGCCAUGAGCGAGACGACCGAUGGAAGUCCCCCGUCUGCUGCUGCUGCUGCUGCUGCUGCUGCUGCUGCUGCUGCUGCUGCUAAACGAGCUGCCAGAGCGGAGGCCCAGCGCCGUCGCCGUCAGAAUCCAGAGGUGCGUGCCGCCGAAGCAGAAGCUUACCGUCGCCGCCGUCGAGAGCAACCAGCAGUAAGCGAGGCUGAAGCAGAAGCUCAUCGCCGCCGCCGAGAAGACCCUGCAGUUCGCGCCGCCGAAGCGGAGGCUCAUCGCCGCCGUCGAGAGCAACCAGCAGUAAGCGAGGCUGAAGCAGAAGCUCAUCGCCGCCGCCGAGAAGACCCUGCAGUUCGCGCCGCCGAAGCGGAGGCUCAUCGCCGCCGUCGAGAGCAACCAGCAGUAAGCGAGGCUGAAGCAGAAGCUCAUCGCCGCCGCCGAGAAGACCCUGCCGUUCGCACCGCCGAAGCGGAGGCUCAUCGCCGCCGUCGAGAGCAACCAGCAGUAAGCGAGGCUGAAGCAGAAGCUCAUCGCCGCCGCCGAGAAGACCCUGCCGUUCGCACCGCCGAAGCGGAGGCUCAUCGCCGCCGUCGAGAGCAACCAGCAGUAAGCGAGGCUGAAGCAGAAGCUCAUCGCCGUCGCAGAGAAGACUCUACCGUAGUGCUCUACCGUAGUACCGUAGUGCCUAGGCAGAGUCACCUAUUCAAGGAGCAAAGGCCACCAAACUUUCUCUCUUGCACCUGCUCUUACUUGCGCCUGCGCAGAAACGUCGAGCACCGCGAGAAACGCCCCGCCCCGCUGUUACAGUGUACUGUACACUGUACCGCUGUAGUACUGUGUGUACAGUGAACAGUGUAAUGCCGCCCGGACACUGCCCGAACUACAGUGUACUUAAACUGCAGCAGACGACCGACGCGAGUCCGUGCCCUGACGUCAUGUGAGCGGCGCUCGCAGCGCCCCUGUAGUUCGUUCUCAGGGCUAAUAAAAACUGCAGGAAAUGUACACUGGAUAACGACACGGCUGUCUGGUCGUGUGUUGUAAAUCAUGUAUAUGUCACCUCGAAGAACUUUGCGUGGCUCGAAGAUUUGUACACGAUAUUUGUACCUGCGCAAGCAGCCUCGCGACCACAGCAUUUCGCCAAACCGGCGGCCAAGAAUGAGAAGACGAAAAUUGCGAGGUCGCGUGCGGCUGGUAAAAGGCGUUGAACGCGCGUUCCAAAUCAGCGUUCGCGUGGGCCUCGUUCGACGCAUCGGUCAGCAAGCCUCGAAUACCUUCCCAAAGGCCAGUGACCAGGACAGACAGCACUCUUCAGACAAAGAUAAGACGGAGGGAACAUUACCCGUGGAUUCUGAGGCAGGCCCCGAGGUUGCUCAGUUUUCGGAGGAGGAGUUCAAGACAGCUGCUGACUACUUUAAGGAAGAUUUGGAAUUCCUUCAUAAAGUGAGCAGCAGCCAGCGGCUGGGCAGAACCAGCCUAGGGCGCUGCUCGCUUUACCUCAAUUUUGACCCCCUGGCACGAAGGCGUAGUGAGGGAGAUUCCGGUCAUGGACUGGGACGCGAAGUUAUGGAUCUUCGCCCAGAAGGAGGAAAAGACCUGCGUUUGCACGCCCAGUUCGUGGGUCAUCCUCUAUGGAAGAGCUGGGCCUUGAAUCAACCGGGAUUAGGCCCGGCAGUGUCAUCGCCUGGGUUCAGGCACGACUUAGGGGUACGAGGUUUCGCCGCGUCGUUUCAACGCUCCAGAGCUGGACGCGCCAUGGUGUACCUGAAAAUGUUAAGCUCAUCGUUGCCAUCAUGGCCACGGCUUCAGGAACCUUCUGGCUGACCAGGGGGAGUGAAGGAACACUCAUUUAAUUUCUGUUCCUUCACGCCAAGCUUCAUCAACGACAUACAUCAUACUACAUACAUACAUACAAAUGCAUACAUACAUUCAUCAUACAUACAAAUACACAAAGACCCCAUCUGCCGCUGCUGUCACACCUCCUGCGGAGGAGAUGGAAACCGCUACAGUGCCAGCUGACCAGGGCGAGUGAAGGAACACUCAUUUAAUUUCUGUUCCUUCACGCCAAGCUUCAUCAACGACAUACAUCAUACUACAUACAUACAUACAAAUGCAUACAUACAUUCAUCAUACAUACAAAUACACAAAGACCCCAUCUGCCGCUGCUGUCACACCUCCUGCGGAGGAGAUGGAAACCGCUACAGUGCCAGCUGACCAGGGCGAGUGAAGGAACACUCAUUUAAUUUCUGUUCCUUCACGCCAAGCUUCAUCAACGACAUACAUCAUACUACAUACAUACAUACAAAUGCAUACAUACAUUCAUCAUACAUACAAAUACACAAAGACCCCAUCUGCCGCUGCUGUCACACCUCCUGCGGAGGAGAUGGAAACCGCUACAGUGCCAGCUGACCAGGGCGAGUGAAGGAACACUCAUUUAAUUUCU